CACAUCCAAAAAAAAGUCGCUUGCCUCUGACCUCAAUGGAAACCUUAAUGGCCUCUUAUUCCAAUCUUCAUGCCAAAAGCAGCCAUCCAUAUGAAUUCCCCUACGAAAAAGAAGGCCACAGCUACAUCUGCCGUCUAUUUACCGCCCUCGUCUUCAUCUUCAUCCUCGUCGCAAUCCUCGACAAAACUGCCAACAUUGUUCUUCGCCCAAAUUACCCCUCAGUCUUCGUCAUCUCCGCCACCGUUUCCUCCUUCAAACUCUACCAGACUCCGAGAACCUACAGCAGCAGAUUCGAAUACGUCGGCCACCUGGCCUCGGCUUUCAACAUCACAUUCUCCGUCCAAAAUCCAAAUAGCCAUAUGGCAAUAUCUUAUGAUGACAUCUACACCUCGGUUAAAUAUAGCUAUGGUCUCGUUCAAGGUUGCGCGAGUCUGCCUGCAUUUAAGCAGGAGAACAGGGAUCGAACUAGCGUUUUGCUUUCCAGGGAAGACGAUCAUGAAUUGAUGCCAGGGUCUUUUGAUAAGAUCGCGAAGGGCCUCAAGGAGAAUGAUGGGAUGUUGGAGUUUAAGGUAAGGUUCGAGGCGAAAAUUCGAUUCAGUAGGUUGAUGUGGUUCCCGCGCAAAAUGGAGGCAUCUUGUUAUGGUGUGAAGAUCAGGUUUCCUAAUGAUACAGAGAUGACAGGGCUAGGGGGGAUCAUGGUACCUCCCACUAGCUGUGAUGUUCAAUUGUCAAGGCUUUAGAGCACAAUGUACGCUUCUUUAGUUUUUCCUUGGAUGAUUUAUUACUCUGGGUUAGUUUCGUGAUACAUGUACUUGAUCAGUUUGGGAUUUGUAGGUGACUUCUA